GGAGGGUGCUGAGCGCUCCGCUGCCGUCGCUGUCCCACUCCGAGUCCCCGCGGAGCCGGAGCUGAGUGGCACCAUGGUGGUCACGCUGGGCUACUGGGACAUCCGUGGGCUGGCACACUCCAUCCGCCUGCUGCUGGAGUACACCGAGACCCCCUACCAGGAGCGGCAGUACCGACCUGGUCCAGCCCCUGACUACGACACAAGCGACUGGACCAAGGAAAAGGAGAAGCUGGGACUCGACUUCCCCAACCUGCCCUACCUCAUCGAUGGCACCGUCAAGCUGACCCAGAGCAAUGCCAUCCUGCGCUACAUCGCCCGCAAGCACAACAUGUGUGGAGAGACAGAGCAGGAGCUGAUCUAUGUGGACAUGCUGGAGAACCACCUGAUGGAUUUGAGGAUGAAAUUCGCCCUGCUCUGUUACAAUCCUGACUUCGAGAAGCUGAAGCCUGCGUACCUGGAGCAGCUGCCGGGGAAGCUGCGAGAGCUGUCGCGGUUCCUGGGCUCCCGACAGUGGUUUGUGGGAGACAAGCUCACCUAUGUGGAUUUCCUGGCAUACGAUGUGCUGGACCAGCAGCGAAUGUUCGUCCCUGACUGCCCUGAGCUGCAGGGCAACCUGAGCCAGUUCCUGCAGCGCUUCGAGGCCCUGGAGAAGGUCUCUGCCUACCUGCGCUCAGGACGCUUCAUGAAGACUCCGAUUUUCUGGCGCACAGCACAGUGGUGCAACACCAAGGACUGAUUGGGGUCACCUGCCCUGCACCCCACCACCCCCUCAGGCACACCC